CUGCCGCCUCUCAUCCUCCAUGCUUUGAUGGAGCAUGCAGACGGAAGAGAACAAAUUAGGUGCUUGCAAACUGCAGGGAGCCUCCCGGUCAAGACGUAGGACGCGUCGAAUUUAGCUUUUUUUGCAUAAAAUUAAAAUAACUGUCUGGCCUUCACUGCUGACUUGCAACCGAUGAAGCCGGUGGUGGAAUUCCCAUCUCCAUCAUCAACUGUUGCACUAAGACAAGUGUAUUUGCACUGUAAGGCUAUGGAUAUGGAUGACCAAACUAUGCGUCUUCUGUGACCGGGUAUUUGCUUUACUCCUCCUAGUGUAGCUCGACAGACGCCGACUUCCUCAUAAAUAUUCAGUAGGAAGCUGCCGUCGGAACUUAUCGAUGGAUAAAAUAACACAGUCCCAGCCACAGAUCCAGCUAUCGAUAUCGAAAGCUACAGAACGUCCAGCAGAGGAUAUCUCAAAUUUGUCAGACGAGGACCUCUUGAAAUGGAACAAGGAGGACCUGGUACGUCGACUUCGUAAAUCUGAAGCUGAUAAAAUGACCGUUAUUGUGGACCAUAGCAACCUGAUUCGGGAGGUGAAUCGCAGCCUACAGCAGCAUUUGAACGAGAUACGGGGGCUGAAGGAUGUAAACCAAAAGCUACAGAAGGAUAAUCGAGAGCUACGUGACCUAUGCUGUUUCUUGGAUGAUGACCGGCAAAAGGGCAAGCGUGUUUCACGGGAGUGGCAGCGCCUGGGCCGCUACAGUGCCAGCAUCAUGCGUAAAGAGAUAGCGCUGUACCUGCAAAAGCUGACAGAGCUGGAGUGUAGGCAGGAGGAGGUCAUCCGUGAGAACCUUGAGCUGCGUGAGAUAUGUCUGCUUAUGGAGGAGGAGACAGGAGGUGGCAGAGGAGGGAUUGGUACUGGACUGGGCCUCCAAAGCCAUGUCAGCACAAGCCUAGCUGGGUGUCGCAACUCCAUCGACAGCCAGAGUGGUCUGCUUGUACAGGGCCUAAUACGGGACGUUGGUGAUGGUAGCAGCACCUCCAGUGCUGGGAGUGCAGAGAGCAAUGAUCACCCACACCACAAGCAGGCUCAACUACAGCCUAGUGUGGGGGCUGAGGGGAGCAGCCUUGAAUAUCUCCACAAGUCUCGGCUUGGAAUUGGAAGAGAAGAUAGAGGGGACCUGGCAAGCCCUGAACCUAGAGCUCGGCACCGGAGCACCAGUCUGGAUUAUCCCUUUGCCCUACCCCAACCUUGCCGGCCUCGUUGUGGCUCCAUAUCUGUGCCUGACCAUCAUUUUAUGCGUGGAUUGAGCCAAGAGAAAUAUGGCCAAGCACUGGGCUGCAGGAGCCCUGAAACUAACCUGAAGCACUGCUUGGGUCAGGGGCAGAUCAGCCCAGAGCUCUACCUCCAGAGGCACAGAGGCAGCUUGGGGAGUGGAAUAGGUAGUCUAGAGCACAGGGAGGUGCAGUUGGGUGCAGCAGAACUUCACCAUGAAAAAGUUAUGCUGGAAGGGGGCAGUCAAGAUCUGCUAAGGCACCAGUACAGUGUGAGCCCUGAGCAUGGAAAGGUUAGCAGCUCUGGCAGAGAGGUGUCACCACGAAGAUCUGCAGGAGAUGACCUGUCACCACACCAUCAGAGCAUCUACAAUGGCAUGAAUGCUUGGAUAUCAGCAGGUUGCUGCAGCAGUAACUGCAGAAAUGUGAAGAAUUGGGAUAGUUUUGAGACCUCAUCUUGACCAUAGCCUUUCCUGGAGCUUUUAAGGAGAAGUAUUGUGAUGUAGUGGAACAGAUGUCAGAGACAAAUAGAUUAUUCAACUGUCAAAUCCAUCCAGUUCACUCCCAUGAGGCCAGGCAAGCCCUAUUUAAGAGCUCAUUUUUACAUUUUGUCCAAAAAAAAUUUAAUUCAUCAUUAUUUAUAUGAUGAUGAUUAUCAUGGUGAUGAUAAUACUUAAAGGAUUUCUCAUUGGACAAGUGGUAUAUAUGAGACUUUUUCUGUCAUGCAAUCAUUUCUUUCUUGUGAAAGAAAGCACAAAUAAACACACAUACAAAUCCAUCAAAAUCUGUCUACAGAUUAUAUCAGUUGCAUUUUGAGUAAUGAAACACCAUGCUACUUCUGUCUUCCUACCUUUUGCAGUACUUCUUUCCUGUAACCCCUUUUCUUUUGUUAGGUGAGACUUCAUUUCUGUACCAGUCACAGUUGCAUUAGAAACAAAAUGUGCUUUAUCACUUGAAUUCUAGUUCAUAUUUUUGCAGUUUCUUUUUAGGGGUAUUUUAGACUGAUGUUCAUUUUUCUGGCCAAUACAUAGAUAUUGUUAUCAUGGCUGUUAGGGUUUUCCUCAUACAUGUUUUCCUCAUGCAUAUUUUUAUACUAGUGUCACUAUUUUUGCCUAUGUAUGUAAGGUUUAAUGGAAAUCAUAGAGAGGUGAACCAUUCUUACAUAUUCAUAGUCCCAUCAGUGUUGUGUGUUAGUUGUGAUAGGUUUAUGUAUGAAAAAUAUUUAUUUUCUUUGCUGUAUUAUUCUUUCUGUCAUACCUCUUGUACACUAGAAAAUAAUGUGUGUAGUUGAUUGUUUUAUAUGUUGUUUUAUAUAAGGAAAUU